AUGUCUGAUCCUUCGUUGAGUCUCUUGAUGCCGGCAUAUCAGCGUUCUUUGCAGUCGAAGCAGUCGGAGCAGUCGAAGGACGGGACGAUAGUUUUUGAGCAAUCGCAGACUGCACUUCGAAUGGAGAAGAAUUCGCGUGCCGUCAUAGAUUCCAUCAACAGUCGAUGCUACAGCGCGGCAACAUCACUGGUUGCGACCACUUACCGUAGCGAUAUCGAUGAUCUGUCGAAAACGAAGUCAUAUUCCGACAGCAAGAAACAGUUUCAGCAGAUCUCGCAGAAGCACCCUGAGUAUCAUGUCGAGGUUGUCAAUGUCUCAGCCGACGUCGACGAGGAAUCAGGGUAUGCUAUAGGACGACCAGCCAAUGUCCGUCGACAGUCCGUCAGCGUUGUGGAGUGGAUGCGUAGAGAUGGUCAAUGGCAAUACUACAACGCCACUGUUGUGAGAGGCCAGGAUGGACCAGACGUUGUCUGGCAUCAAUGA